AUGGAAGAAUGCUUGCUUGCAAGGCUCUCCGGAUGCAUUGCAGGGCCAACUUGCGAAGCCAGACUUGUCUCAAUUGGUUAUGAGCAGGCAGCAUCUGAUGCUGAAGUUGCAGCACAUGGAAAAUGGCAAUGGUGUUUCCUUUCUAGAUUCAACAAGACCAUGCCUUCUACCCUUAUCACAAUUGAAGUCAUACCAAUUCCCAAUCAAGCAUCCUUGUGUUUUGUGCACCACAACAAGGACAGGAUGGAAGCUAUUUCUACAUUGCCAAGUGCUCAUCAACCAGUGAGGUCCAUUAGUUUGCCCACAAGAGUGCACCCUUCUUCUCAAAGAGUUGAAGAACUUUUGAACCAUCUUAAGCCUCGCCAUCUUCCCCAAUCUGUCUCAAGAACCACAGGUUUGGAAGCAGAGACAAUUCAAAGCGAUUUGGUUGUGCUUGCUGAGUUGUACAACUGCAUGGAGGAACUCUUCCAAUCUCCUCAGACCCAACAAACACUUUUGCACUACCAGAAUGGGAAGCUAGUGGAAGAGGCAUUGUGUGGCUCAGUCACACUACUUGAUGCAUGUGGAAGUGCAAGGGAUUUGUUAUUUGCUCUAAAAGAACAAGUGCAAACUCUUCAGUCAGCCAUGCGUAGAAGAAGAGGAGAUUCAAGCAUUGAAAACAGCAUUUGUGAAUAUAAUAGCUUCAGGAAGAAGGCCAAGAAGGAUAUUGCCAAGCAACUAGGGGCAAUGAAGAGAAUGGAGAAUAAAGUUAAUUGUUGUUCUCUAAUGAGUCAAACUCAAGAUCAGCAUUUGAUAUUCCUGGCCAAAGUCCUAAGAGAAGCAAGCACCAUCACUAUCUCUAUAUUUCGUUCUCUUUUGCUGUUCCUGUCAAUGCCAGGAGUCAGAACAAAAGGGGCCUCCAUGAUCUCAAAGCUAAAGUCAACUAGAUUGUUUGCUUCAGAGAAAGAACAGAAGAACACAAAUGUUGUGGACCUUAGUGCUGUGUGCUCCCUCCUUGAAAGAGGAAAACACAGUGAUGCCAAGGUUGAAGUUCAGAGUACUCUAAGAGUGUUAGAGACAUUGAAUGUUAGCAUUGAUGGUCUUGAAGGUGGAUUAGAUUGCCUUUUCAGACGUAUAGUUCAAAAUAGAGUGUCAUUUCUUAAUAUGCUUGCUCAUUAG